AUUCCUUUAGUAAAUCCUGAAAACGAGAAAAUAAACAAUUAGAAGAAAUGGUUUCUAAAACAUGGUUUAGAAUAUGUAUUUCUCUCUCUGACGCGCUUACCAAGACACUCGUGUUUCGACGCCGGUGGAGCCAGAGCUCGCCGGCGUCGCCGCCUCCGUUCCAUCUUCUUCAUCGUUUCUCUUGCUCCAAGUCAAAGCUCUCGUUCUCUCUUUUAUUCUGCAUUUACUCAAUCAUUUGUUUUGGAUCUGGAGAUUUCAAAACUGGAGAAAACCUUCGUGGUCUCUACUCAGGUUUUGAAGACCACCGGACCUGCAUCUUUCACCGGGGCCUCCUGGAAAUGCGGUACAAAGACUACCUCUCCCCACCUCGACCCACGAAAUGGAGGGCUCUCUCUCUGCAACAGAUCUGCAACUCGCUCUGCUUGCACAAAUGGCGCUUCGCUUCACCUCUUUUUCUCUGAGUUCAAACUUCCACUGCGCUCCAGAUCUGAGAGGACCCCCAUGGAUUUCUUUGGAUCUGAGCUACUCUCAGAUAAAGCUCAAAUCUCAGACGUUAAGAACGCCUCUAGCCACCAUAGGUCAUCAACUUCAAGUUACAAACGGGACUCCGUUUCUCUUCUCGGUGGCUGCUCAAUUCCUAACUUUUCGAUCUUCACGGUCCCCUCUCCUCCAUCUUACCCCACCACCCUUCAUCCCGACGACGAGGUGUGCCCUAAUUCCGCCGCACGCAGGCUGCUAUUCAAGUUCAGAUCCGAUGAACGUGAUGCUGACAUCAGCCCUUCCAUUUCCUCUAGAUGGGCCAGGCCCAUGCCAUUUACAAAAGUGGGUUCACCAAUACCAUCAUCGAAGACCUUCUCCAUGAGAAGAGUAAUCUCUCCUGCUAUAAAGCAGAUGAAGUUGUCAAAAUCUCUAACCGUUUUGUUAUCUUGUGGAGCGGUCCGUUCGGGGCCUGAAGAUGCAACGGAUUUCGUUUCGACGAUAUUCCGAGGUGUGGAUUGUCUAUCAACGUCACGAUUUAAUGUGACUAAGUUUCAACUUUCCGGCUUUGCCGUGAACUUUACUUCGACGCAUUCGAGCCUUACUCAGAAUUCGCUGUCAAUUUAUCCGAGAGCUUUCUCUACUCUUAUCUUUUCUGUUAUAUUGUCGCUUUGUACUGUUGGUAGAGCCAGGAUUAUUCCUUCUUCAAAGUGUAGUCCGAAUGUUUAAGUUUUAAUGAAAGUGGUGUUUCAAAAAAAAAAAAAACAAUUAGAAGAAAAAUAAAAAGAAGAGCCAAGUAUGUGAAAGAAGAAGAGAAAAAAAAACAAGUGAUCAUGAAAGAAGAAGUAAAUAAGGAGAAACACAAGCAAGAAGUUGAAGUCUGUAACAAGUAAUGACAUGAUAAGAAGAAAAACAAUAGUUAGCAUUAGUUUGGUUAAUAAGUUCAGAGGUGAUUAGAGAGUUGCUAAAAUAGUGUCUGCCUUCUUUGUAAAGAUGGUUUAGAUUUAGAUUCUAUUUGUCCAAAUUAUGAGUAAAUGGGUAAGUAAGCAUGAUGACAUCGGGCAAGUGACCAGCCUCUUGCUUGUGACUAGCUAAUUGGUCUCUUGCUUAUAUCGAUCGAGUCCAGGAAGACAUGUGAGGCUGUACAUGAUGCACGAUUAUCAGGGUACGUCUACAUAUGUUUACUUUCACAAAAUUAAAGUAAACAAAGUUAUCUUCUUUUGUUGGACUGUCGAGGGAUAUUCUAGAAUCAAACGUUCGAGUACAUAUCUCGGUUUAUUUUGAAAAUUAAAUAUUGUUUCUCUCCUGGUUGACUAAUAAGUAAUAACUUAGUUAGCUUUGAUAUUUAGCAUAUUAAAUUCAAAAUUCGGGCAUUGUUUAGCGUGAUACUAAAUGGAUCAUCCUCCGUUUUAUAAGUUUACUAAAAAAAUUCUCUAAUUAAAGUCAAUCAGCCUUUGUAAAAAUAUUAUUUCAAAAGAUGAAAGACAAAAAGUUACAAUACGUCAAGUCCAUGAUGUAAACAAUUUAUAUCUUCUAGUUUGUGACCGUUCGUACCAAUUGGGUCUUCUUCUUUUUUUUUACCAAUUGGGUAAUUACUCCUCGAAUAAAUAUAUACCUCAACAGAAUAAUAGUAUACAAUAUUACGUAAUGAUAUAAAACUGUUAUGCCAUAUCAUCUUUAUGAUAGUGAUAUUUCUGGUGAUUCACAAAUGGUAUUGUAUGAUUAAUGAAAAAUGUCAAAGCAUGAUCAGAUAGAUUGCGAUGAAAAAUGUCUAACAUGUAACCAUGCAAGGCCGAAUUUUGCCACAGUGAGACAUUGGUUUUGGUUCUCAUAAUUUUGAAUAUUAUAUAUAUAGGUGUAAAUUACAAAAUUGUAUUAAACUUUUUAGUAAGUAUAUGGUUCAAAAAUCCGACUUUGUACGUGACUUCAUUCCCACUACUGACCUUGUCAUAUGCACUUUGGAAGGGGCCUUGCAUUACCGCCCGUUAGGGCCACGAAACUAUAAACACUUCGAUAUUUUGUCCUAUAAAACUAAAUUAUUCCACCUAUCUUGAAAAGCCAGUUAAAAGAAAAAAAAAUGUAUUCCACCUAUCUUAGUAAUUUGCAUUUCGACAACCCAAGUUGAUUCCAAGUCAAUGCAGAAUCCUACAUAGUGAGGAGCAUGUUCGACGGUGUUAUACCCUCAUAUUAAUUACCACCCGCGAUUUUCUUCCUAAUUUUUUUAAUUACAAUUUCCUUCCUAAUUAAACCUGUCUAAUAUAAACAUACAAACCUAAACCUUUAAAAAACGAAUUUGUAAGGAAAUAUAUAUAUAUUUUUAGUUGAAAUUUUGAGAAUAAAUUAUGUAUGGAAUAAAAUACAUGGAACCAAAUAGGUGGCAGAUCAAAAAUAAUUAAUAAGAGGAUGGAUAGGUUAAGCAGCAAGAAGUAUGUUGCCUUUUUGUCAACUUGAAUUUAUAAUCCCACUGCAGAGUAACACCUCCACCAAUUAUAUUUUUUUCCUGAUAUAAUUGGGAGGAAUACCUCUUUGACUUACAAAUUUAAAAAGAGAAUUUGCAAAUGAUUUUUUUGGCAUGGAUCUCUAAAACUUUUGAAAGUUUCAAUUAUUAUUAGUUUUGUUGAGAUACCCCCAAUAAAAAUGACCUUAUGAUUUUUAUCAAAAUAUUAGACAGAAAUUUUGGAAGAAGAAAACUGAAAAUUUUUCUACUCUUUAUUUGUACUAAUAAGCAAUAACUACAGAAAUACAAUAAUUCAUGGUUAAAUUUUCUUAUCACAGUGAAAUUAAAUAAGUUUCUCCAUAAUUUCAGUAAAAAAUAGACCCACGAUUAUUACACUGAUUUGGGGGUUAGUGAAGACUUUGAAUGAUAUCAAAGGCAAUCCAAUGCUAUUGCUAAUCAACAGUGAAAGAAUUCAGAGCCAAAAGAAACAAGAAAAAAAAUGUUAAUUAUCAUCAAGGAGAAGGAAGGGGUGAUAAAUGGAGACUUCUUAUUGGGACCCACACUAACUAAACAGUGGAGAAAUUUGUCUUUUUAGUAGUAUAAAAACAGAACUCGUUCUUAAUACUAACAUAGAGCUCGCUUCACCUAAUACUUCUCCCUGCUCUUCUCUCGCCAGUAUCCAUAUGAUCGAGUGAAACGGUGGACACAACUGUGUUUGGAGGAUUUUGUAAGUGACGGAAGGAAGAUAUUAUGGGUCUUGAGGAUAUCAAGAACGAGACUGUUGAUCUGG